AGUUACCUGCAAGAUAUGACAGGAGCUGCUGAACCGUUAUCAAUCUUUAUUCAAUUUCCACCACCACGCAAGGAUGCCACGCCGCCACGGCCCGCAGAUCAAACGCGCGACCGACAAGAAGAGCCCGGAGGGUGACAGCGCGAAGGCGAAUGCCACGACGACUGCCGUCCAGGCCCCGGCCGACGCACAGUGGUCUUCGUCGAAUCAAGGCGGCAACGUGCUGCUGUGGCUGGCACAGAAGACGGAGGCGAGAGCCGAUGCACCGACGUCGCGUGGCGCCGUGGAGUACUUGACGCAGGCGAAGAAGGCGAAGAGCUACGCCGCUGCCGCUACGGACAACAGUGGAGCUGCCAAGGCCAAGCCGUCUAGUGAGAAGACCGCCGUCACCACAGCAGCGGAGCCGCGCCCCUCGGCUGCCAAGGCGCCGACCAAGACAACGGCAAAGGAGACAGCGGCGAAGUCUGACAAGAAGGAAGGAACGCCGUCGCACAAAGCGGAGGCGAGGACGUCCACCCCUCCGGCAGCUCCCGCAGUCAGCGCGGCGGCCGGCCCAACCACUACGGACGCGUCCACCGUGCCAAAGCCGCGCUCGCAGGCGACGGACGCGGUGGUGGCGCCGAAACCCUCCAACGAUGCCGUCAGCAAGCUGGCGCAGCUUUUCCCCUCCAAGACGGCGAGCUUCACCGCAUUGGCCGCACCAAAGACAGAGGUGGCUGCCAAGAAGGCGGAUGCAUCGCCUCCCGACGCCCCGGCGCAUGUCUCAAGAAAGACGUCCCCGCCUCCUCCGCCUCCGCCACCAAUGCCGGAGCCGACUUCAGCCAAAGCGGACGUCGCCGCUGGUGCUCCCCCGCCUCCCCCGCCGCCGCCGCCACCACCACCGCGGCGCGUGCGUGGUCGCCGUCGGGAUGAGGGUCGUGCAGCGCGCCUGCAGCAGCGGAUGGAGAAGGAGGAGGCGGAGGUCCGCCGCACCCACGAGGAGGCGAUGCGCACCGAUGCGGCCUACAAAAAGCGCUUCGAGUCGAUGCAGGAGCUGCAGGCGGCGAUGCAGGUCUCGCAGGCCGACUUCUUCGACAAGUACAGCCGGCAGCAAACGCUGCUGCUGGACCACCCGGUGACGGAGCGGCUGGACAUGCCGGUCAUUCUCGACCUCAUCGAUCAGCACGACGUCGUCUUCAUCUGCACCGAUACGGGCAGCGGCAAGAGUACAGGGGUGCCCAAGGCGCUGCUCGAGCUCUCCUCCGAGACGCGGGUGGUGAGCACUCAGCCACGGCGCACGGCCACCGUCGCCAUUGCCAACCGCGUCGCCAGCCUCCGCCGCGAGCAGGUCGGCGAGGACGUCGGGUACUGGAUUCGCGGCGACAAGAAGGGCGACGAGCAGACGCGGCUGUGGUACAUGACCAGUUACACGCUGCUGCUACGCAUUCUGGGUAACCCGGCGGAGCUGCCCUUCACGCACGUCGUGCUGGAUGAGUUCCACGAGCGCCAGCCGGACCUCGAGGUGACGGUAGCCCUGCUGCGUCUUGCGCUGCUCAAGAAGACGUCCCCGUUUAAGCUCGUCCUGAUGAGUGCCACCCUCAAUACGGAAGAUUGGGAGGAGUACUUUGCGGGGCUGAAGGUGGCCACCUACAAGCAGAGCGAGCCGGAGCACCCCAUCCACGACUACUUUCUGGAGGAGACCUGCACGCUGCUCGGCACGGACUACCAGGCCCCGCCAAACCUCCUCUCCCGCCACGUCGUGGACAAGGACACGAUGGACAAGCACUUCUACCUUGCGCAGAACCUCAUUCUCUUCCUGAACAGCUGCUCCAACCCGGUGCACUCCAUCCUCGUGUUCCUGCCCGGCCGGGCACAGGUGGAAAGCAUGAACACGUGGCUGCGCACUCAGCUGGCGCACCGCGUGGAUGCCGUGCCGUGGCACAGCGCCGUCGAGCUCAGCGAGAUCGAGGCCGCCAUGCAACGCCACCUCCCCGGCAAGCAGAAGGUGUACCUCGCCACCGACAUCGCAGAGGUCUCCAUCACCCUGCCGGACGUUGUGUACGUGGUAGACCUCGUGCUGGUGAAGCGACCGAAGAUCUCGAAGGAGUCGCCGGCAUCGAUUCAGUACCCACCGCUGGUGACGCAGUGGAUCUCGCGUGGCAGCGUGGCGCAGCGCCGUGGCCGCAUCGGCCGGGUGCAGCAGGGCUUCUACUUCUGCCUCUUCCCCGCCUCGCAGGUGAUGGACCUGCCGCCCUUCUCGCAGCCGCCGAUCGAGAACUCCCGCAUCGACGAGCUCUCCCUGCACUGCCUGCAGGUCGUGAGCAACCCCGUCGCCAUCUUCAGUCUGUGCCACGGCCAGCCGCUGGCGGAGACGAUUGCGUCCUCCAUGAACACCCUCACACAGCUCGGCUGCAUCCUCGACACGAAGGACCCCCUCUCGGCCGGCGAGCGGGUGGAGGAGAUCUACAACCACCGAAACGAGUCGUGGAGCCGCAUGAUCAUGGAGGCAGCGCGGGCGGAGGUGAUGGCCGACAUCCCAGAGUACCAGUACACCUUCAUUGGACGCAUUUUGCAGCUCAUCCCCGUCUCGCCGCAGCCCGGCAUGCUCGUCUUCUUCGGCUUCCUGACUGGCUUGGAGUCGCUUAUGAUUCUCGCCGCGGCCGUCACGAGCAGCCUCUCGCCCUUCAGCAUCAACUCCAGCGAGGGCAGGCAGCGCCACUUCAACGUCGCCCGUGCGAUGGAGGAGACGGAGAACGUCAUGCGAGACAUGUGCUGCGGGCUGCGCAGCGACAUCGUGGCUGUCAUGAAGGCGACGCUGCUCUUCCGGGUGGAGGUGCAGCGCAUGGGCGACAACACGCAGGCCCUGCGCCAGUGGUGCCUGCAGAAGCACCUCAGCUACGACAAGCUGCUCGCCAUUGUAGACCUGGAGAGUCACAUCAAGUACGAGCUGGCCGAGUUCAUGCCGUUCCGCAACAUCGUCGAGGCCGAGAAGCUGCUCGAGCAGCUGGACAAGCUGGCGUCGAUGGUGGCCGUCAUGACGAACGUCGCCUUCGUUGCGCAGUCGCUGGAGGUGACGAGCGAGGGCAACGCCUACACGAACUCGAAGGAGAUGGCGCUGGGCCUCUUCAGCGACCUGACCGCCGUGCCGGACAUCCACUCCCCGAGCUGCCUGCGCUGGCAGGAGGGCGACAUCAUCAUCCCGACGCAGUUGAACCUGCUCUUUGACAAGCUGCUCGCCAGCUUCUCGACGGCCAUCGCCUCGCCGAAGCAGUUCUGGAUGUCGCUGCUGCUCUUCUCGCAGAGGGUGCACUACGCCACCUUCAGCGACGACGACGGCACCUUCCACGUCUUCGCGCUCUCCUACGGCGGCAAGGAACGCUAUGUCGAGGUGGACGAGGUGGCGGGCUUCAUCGUGCUCGAGUUCCGCCGCAAGCUGUCGGCCAUCUGCGAGGUGCUGCGCCUGACCCACGCGAACCGCCUUCUGUACGAGGACGACUUCAACACGCUGCUCGCCAGCUACUCGCUGAACUCGCUGACGGACCUGCAGCGCGAGGUGAUCACGGCACUGGUGUCCAUCUUCAACAACCUGGAGGACAUGACUGCGGAUGAGGUGGAACACGACGAGGACGACUUGGAUGUGGUGUCCCUUCUCUCCUUCGCUCUUCCCGCACCAUCAGCUUAA